AUCGGUGCAUUCUACUAUCAGCGGUGCGUUCCCUUAUCAGACACCUUCCCGUUUUGUGACGGGGUUUAUUUGGCCGAAAGUUCAAUUCGUGCCGCCACGAUUUUCAGUCGAUGCGAACAGCUCUGGCUAAAAUGAGACUUUUGGUGGUUUUUGGAGUGUUGUUGAUGGGUGGAUUCUGCUGGGGAUCGCGGAUUCUGGCGGUGUUCCCCAGCACAAGCAAGACGAACUACAUCUUUGGACAGGUUCUGUUUGAGGAACUUGCCGCGCGUGGUCAUCAGAUAACGGUGAUAAGCCCGUUCGAGGUGCAGUACGACAGUGAGCACGUUACACAGAUCAAGCUGACCGGGAUGUUCACCCACCUCGAAGAUUACGGCAUGAACACAAAUAUUUUCACCAAGUGGGAUCGAUCGAGCUUCUACGGGAAUAGCCAUCUGAUCUAUGGGACGGCGGCUAUGGCGGACUACACGUUGGGUCAUCCGAAGGUUCAAGAGCUGUUGAAGUCGGGUGAGACGUUUGACCUGCUACUGCUGGAUCAGGUGCUGUCGGAUAGCUUGCUUGGCUUGGCAUACCACUACCAAAUCCCGGCGAUCGUGUACAGCUCAACCGCCCCGAACAAGUUCAUCAACGAGAUGGUGGCCAACCCGCACAACCCGGCGUACAACCCGAUCAGCUCGCUGGGCUACUCCGACCGGAUGACCUUCCGGGAGCGCCUCUGGAACACGUUCGUAUCGAUCUGCGAGCAGUUCAACUACAAGUACCUGUACCUCCCCUCGCAGGAAGCCGUCUUCCAGCGACAUUUCACCAGGAAGAAUCUACCACCCCUGCUGGACGUGAUCCACAACGUCAGCCUAGUCCUGGUCAACUCCCAUCCGGUGAUCACCUACCCGCGACCGCUCGUACCCAGCAUGAUCGAGAUCGGCGGUCUCCACCUGCGUCAGUUCGACGAAACCGGACUUUCUCAGGACGUGAUCAACUGGUUGGAGGCGGCCAAAAACGGUGCCAUCUACUUCAGCCUGGGAGCCAACACCAAGUCGACUGAUCUACCCGCCAACGUCCGGCGAGCCUUCACCGGCGCCUUCGGACAGCUGUCCGGAACGUUGAUCUUGAUGAAGUGGGAGAACGCCACGCUGGAGAAUCAGUCCUCGAACGUGAUCAUCGGCCCGUGGAUGCCGCAGCAGCAGCUGUUGGCGCAUCCCAACGUGAGACUUCACAUAACCCACGGAGGACUGAUGAGCAUGAUGGAGUCGGUGCAGUACGGGAAGCCGAUCCUUGGGAUACCGCUGGCAGGUGAUCAGGAAAUUUUGGUAGAUCGAGCGGUGAGCGUGGGGUACGGGUUGAAGUUGGACUACCAAAACAUUAGUCAGGAGGUCGUGCUGGAGUCGAUCAAGCGGAUCAUGGAGGACUCCUCGUUCAAGGAGAAUGCCCUUCGGGUAUCUAGACAGUUCCGGGAACAGCCGAUGAAGCCGAUGGACAAGGCCGUGUACUACAUCGAGGCGGUUGCGAAGGAUGGAGGAGCGGGAGUGGACGUUUUGAGGUCCGGGGCUUUGGUCCUAACCUUCUGGGAGCGACAUCUGGUAGAUGUGGCGUUGUGCUUUGUUGCGAUACUCUUGGUCCCAGUUGUGCUGGUGGCAGCACUGAUUCAGGUUAUUCUGAGGAAGACCCACCGGAAGAAGGUCGAUGCCAAGAAGAAGAAAAAUUAGAUAUUAAAGGGUUU